GAAGAACAAACUUUUCAGAGGAAGAAUUAGUGUAGCUUUUGUGAAAAGAAGUUCUGCCUUGCUAACCCUUUUGGAAGUCUUUGAGGGUGUAACCAAGCAUGUGAACAACAGAAAACUCUUGGAUAUUAUAUGGAUGGACUUCACAGUUGAUUUUAAUAGCAGAUGUUCAAAGAAAAAAUGGAAGGCACAAUGUCUUCACAUACCCCAAUGUGAAACAUCUGCUUUCCCCAUCACUUCCAAGAUGGAAAAUUGGGAGAAAACUGUCUUAAAAAUGUCAAGUAUACCCUGCCUUUGAAGAGAGCCAGGAUGUUGUGAACAUUUUCAAAGAACGUCUUCAGAUUCAAGAACAAACAAACAAACAAACAAAAGUCAUGGGAAUGCAUCACUUUGGGACUUGCAGUGUUAAUAACUUGGAUGUUCAAAGAAACAAUUGGACACAGACCAGUGGAAAUGGACUCAAAGAACUCAGCUCCUGGAUACCCUGGACCUCAGCCACAAUAUGGACAUCCUCAGUAUGCCCCAGGACCGGGCCAAUAUCCGGGCCAAUAUCCUCCUGGACCAGGUUUUGCAGUUGCCCCAGGACAACCCCCAUAUACAGCCAUGCACUAUCAAGGAGCAUAUGGGGCUCCUCCAGUUCAGGGUCAGCCAAAUGGACCUCCUGGUGCUAUUUGGAUGCCAGCACCACCUCCACCUGCCAACUGCCCACCUGGACUGGAGUAUUUAAGUCAGAUUGAUCAGAUAUUGAUUCAUCAGCAGAUUGAACUUCUGGAAAUCAUCACUGGCUUUGAAACAUGCAACAAAUAUGAAAUAAAAAAUGCAUUGGGGCAAAGAGUUUACUUUGCAGCUGAGGAGACUGACUGCUGCACACGCAAUUGCUGUGGACCAUCACGACCAUUCACAAUAAAAAUCAUGGACAAUAUGGGCCAGGAAGUCAUAGAGCUCAUGAGACCUCUCAGAUGCUCUAGUUGCUGCUGCCCUUGCUGUUUGCAAGAGCUUGAAGUUCAUGCCCCUCCAGGCACACCUAUAGGAUAUAUUAAACAGAUCUGGAAUCCCUGUUUGCCUAAAUUCACUAUCCAGAAUGAAGCUCAAGAGGAUGUACUUAAAAUUGUUGGACCCUGUGUAGUAUGCAGCUGUUGUGCAGAUAUUAAUUUUGAGGUGAUGUCAACAGAUGAGAAGAACACAGUGGGAAGAAUCUCUAAGCAGUGGACUGGCUUUGUGAAGGAGGCAUUUACAGAUGCUGACAACUUUGGCAUCCAGUUCCCACUGGACCUCGAUGUUAAAAUGAAAGCUGUCAUGCUUGGGGCUUGCUUCCUUAUAGAUUUCAUGUUUUUUGAGCAUGGCCAAGAUCAUCAACAGCGAGCUGGUGUCUGGUAACAGCUGUCUUUUGCACUACUUCAGAGGAAAUCCCUGUGUAAAUUCUGUCUUUGCUUACCUUAAAUGGAGCUUCUGAUAAAUUUUCAUUUUAAAAAUUGGUUAUCUGGCUGCAUCUCUUGCACCUAUAGCACCUUAAUCCCAUUUAUGAAGGCUGCUCUAUAUUUGUUUAUAUUAUUAUUACUGUAUUAUUUUUAUAUGUCAAGUGUAUACAUUUAGAGUGGCUCUUUCCUCUUUCAUGUGCUAGUGCCAUCGGGCAUUGCCAUGUGUUGAAUAAUACUUUGUGCCUUGUAACAUUUAAAUCAAAGAUCAUAACUGUUUUUUUAUAUGCAGACAUAAUAUAAAGCAAACUUGAAAUGUG